CUAUCAAAAAGCCUUCUGAACCUCACAAAAUGAAAACCAGAAAACGUCACGAAUUUCUUAGGUGUACUAACGCUCUCUCCCAUACGCCAGAAAAUGGUCGAUUCCCACGCCGCCUCACGCACGAUGUCGUCCUCGGCUAGCGGGUAUCCUAUAGACACCGUUCUACGGGAGCUCGCCAAGUACCAUCGAACCGUCACUCGCGAGAAUGCAGAGGCAGCAGUCGAACAAGCAGAGAUGGAGGCGAAAAUCUCCUACCUCGAGACGCAGAUGCUAGUACACGAAAAGAUGAACCGGGAUCUGAUGAACCGAUGCAAGAUGCUGGAGAACGAGCUCCGGAAGGAACGGUGCAAAAACGCCGAUGCGAACAAAGCAGAAGCUUUGGCUGCGAACUUAGCAGUUUCGAGUGCUGGUGGUGGCAUAGGGGUAGAAGUAGAUCAUGAGGAAAAAGGAGGUGGACGAGGUGGAGGAGACGGAUCUUCCGCAAAUUCGUCUUCUUCAAAUUCGUCCUCGUCUCAACAACAAGAUCUCUCGAAACUUCAAGACAUCAUCAUGCGUUUACCGCAGACCAGAGCUGUGAGCGCCAAAAGCAUCUUGAAAAAGUACCUGCGUGCAGCGAUCUUCAGCGACGUGGAUGAGCAAGACCAGGAUGUCACGAUGAUCAAAAGCACCUCUUCAGGUUCGAAUGGAGGUGCAGAAGCAGGUCAACAAGGUCAACUCAAAUCUGCCAACUCCGCAAGUUGGAAGGACUAUGCAGGUCUGCGCGUGCCCUCUACUGUGACUGGUCUAGUCUAUGACAACACAAGGGCUAUUCUUUUGGCGGCAUUACUGAAUGGCGAGGUUCGGGCGUUCGAUAUGCAUGGGUUUGACCGGUCAGAGGAAGCGGAUGUGGCGCCGUUUUUGGUGUACAGACAGCCCUGUGCGAAAGAGUCGGGUGCUAUUGAGAGUGAGGAAAUUUCAGAUGAAAACAACGAAGGCGACAAAAAAUCAAGAGAAACAACUUCCCCAUCAUCUUCCUCUUCUCCCAGCAAGAAGAACGAGAAGAUCACGAGUAUCGUUGCAGACUUCGAGAGGGGAGUGUUCUGUAGUGGCUCAGCAGACGGUAGAGUCUGUAUUUGGGAUGCUCCAGCCGGGUCGCCAGGAAGUGCAGCUUUUAUGAAUUUAUAUUCUUCAAGAGAACUCCGUAGAAAGUUUUUACUGGAGAAGUACUUCACAACUUGAUCCUUGAUUAUUUUUACUCUUUCGUUCCUUCUACAACUACCUUGAACCACGCAUUAAUAAUCGCUUGUGCCUUAAUAUCACUUUACGACAUGCUCUUCACCUUCAUGCUGCCACUUGAUCAGGGACAAACUUGGACUAAAAAACUGUUAUAACUUCGUCUUCUAAUGACGCAUCCGCCAUCGCCAAACUCGUUGACGGCACCACCGAUAAGCGAUUGCGCACCGUUUUCGAGCUUAGUUCAGGCGUCGUCUAUAUGGCGUUGAAUAGUCCAGCUACAGGGUCUGGGCCAUCUUCUGCGUCGUCUUCUGCUUCUACGAUGACAUCGUACAUUAAGGGUACAAGAAAUCCAUCUUCAGCACUGUCAUCUUGGUCCCGUUUUUAAAGGGAAAAGGAGGCCCAAGAUGCUGCUCAAAUGGGAGACUUCCAGUAGAAGUUCUAAGCACACUUCUGGGCCAGGAGCUUCAGGGAGAAACGCAGGUGCCACAGGAGGUGCCUCGAAGGAUGGCAUUCCCGAACGUCCCCUGACAAAGCUGGUUCUGGCGGUCGCGUCUGAGGACAACACAGUUUGCCUCUAUGACUUGGAGCAUGAAGUCCGACUCUCGGUAUUGACGUUCUCGGGACCGAAGAAAGCCCAACCUCCGGGAGCUAUUCAGCGGUCAGUAGCGUGUGUGGAGUUUGUGAGGGAUCAUGAUAUUGCAGUUGGGUUUUCCUUCGGGGGAUCCGAGCAGACAGAAACGACGACAAGACAGAAAUCAAGGCCUGCUUUAGCAUCAGGAGGGAUCUUCAAUGUGCAUACGGGAAAGCAGUUGACCGAGUUCCAAGUUGGAGGCACAGAACAAGGUAAGGAAAAUUUUCAUUUAUUUGUUGAUAAAAAGUUUAUUUUAGAAUUUGUAGUACAGCUAGUAGGACUACAACAACGAACAAGGCUUCCACUUCACGACCAUGAUCACAUCCAAAAUCGCUCCAGGUGAUGAACCCCCGUCAUCAAGUCAGAAGAGUCAAGGCGUGCUGUGCAUGCGUUCUAUAGUAGGAAUGAACGUGGUGGUAACCGGACACGCUGACGGAUUCAGGCUCUUCGAUGUAUCAUCCGGAGAAUUGCUGUGUGCAGUGAACACGACUGUAGAGUUACGUUGAGGAGAGAUGCAGUCUGCGUAGAGAAUUUCCCAUUUACUCGUUUCUGUUUUUCCUGUCUAUCUGCGUGAGCAUCAAGGGCAAUGCUCCAUCUUCGUUCCUGGUAUAAUCAGCAUUCUUACUUCAUCUCCACUAUGAUCUUCCUCAAAUCGAUCUUAAUAAGAUCCCCCAUCACGACCUGUGACGCCGUGCGGCAGUCUCCUGCUUUGAAUUCUGCGCGAGAUAAUUGUCAGUCUGCAUUGAAGUCUGCAUUGAAUUCUGCACAAUUGUCUUGCCGAUGACUGUGUAUAGUCAUUUGAGACGCAAUGAAUGAGUGAUUGCAUUGAACCUCUAACACCCGGCGGCGGAGGACCCGUCCAUGGCCUCGCUUACGAUCCUGUCGAACAACAACUCCUUGCCGCUACAGGGGAUGGAGCGGUCCGAAGUUGGGAUCUGAAGAAGAAGAAGGUGGCCCAACGUUGUCCCUGCUUCCCCGAGAACGGCUUGAAUUGCAUUUUGCUGGGAGUAGAGGAUGUGUUGUUUGUGGGAGGGGGAUUGCCUACUGGUGGUGUUGAAACAACUGCUGCAACCAGUUUGGGGUCAUCAGGAGAGGCCAACAUACGGAUUUUAACGAGGUACUUUCGCUUUCCAUUCAUUGCUGAUUUUUGUGUGCUUGUUGACAAACGAACAAGACGAACUAAGUACUUAUUAUUUUUGUGUUUUUGUUGACUUACGAACAAGACGAACUAGUAUUAUUUUUGUGCUUGAUGUUGACAACUCCUGAGCAAUAAAGUCCCUAGGUGGUAUCUAUUUACAAAGCACCAUCUUCUCACAACAGGUAACUAAAGGGAGCAAAUACGCACAGCCGCAAGGCCGACUCGCCUUGUGCGGUUGUUUGCCGGGAAACAGCUCGAUCCAAAGAGCGCGUCUCCAAAAUUCUGAAAAUUGUUGAAAUUUUGGUCUCUUUUACAUACUAACAAUUACCUGGGAAUUUUCGAACUCCUGUUAAAAUUUCUGACGGUGUCAUCUAGUACAAUUAUUCGUAUACUGGCGCCAUUAUCAAGAAAAG